AUGUCCGAAUUAACAUCGGAAUCUCCGACCUCGCCGCCGCCAAAAGCUGACCUGCAUAAAAACCAAGCAACAUCGGAAUCUCCGACCUCGACCCCGCCGCCGCCAGAAGUAGCUCAACUCCAUAGCAACACAGAUUUACUAAGCGACGUGCUGCUAUGGAGAAGGAAGCAACUGAAUGUCGGAAUCCUUGCAGCGGCAGCCGCCACGUGGAUCGUCAUCGAUGUCUACCAAUACACUUUUAUCACAGUCCUCUCUUGGCUGGCCAUGGCCCUUCUCACAUGCUUCUUCUUUUGGGGCAAUAUGCACCGCUUCUUGAAUAAAGAGGCGCCGGACUUGUCGGAAUUAGAGAUUAGCGAGGAGACGGCGACGGCGCAGGCGAGGCUAUUGAGGCAGCGGGCGGAGGACGGCAUCCGGUUGAUGUUCCACGUGGGCGGCGAGAGGGAAUGGUUUGUGUUUCUUGGCGCUGUGGCCUCUCUUUAUCUGGUGGCGCUCGCCGCGCAACACUUGGAUUUUGUUACGCUUUGCUUCAUAGGAAUUUUGGGGGCGAUGACGGUGCCGGCGAUUUAUGUGAAGAACGAGCAGAAGAUAGUAGAGUUUGCGAAGAAUGUGAGGGUAAGAUGGCAAAGGUUGAAUGUGAUGAUUGAGGAGAAAUUGCAGAAAGUGAAAAACAAAUUUGCAGGGAAACAGAAGGAGGUUAAGGAAAAGAAGACUCAGUAG